AUAGAGUCAUAGCAUAGGAAAAGAAGAGUGUUUUUCGUUUUGAUUCUCUGCCAUUUCCGAAAUCGAUUCUCCACUCACAUCGCAUACGUCAAUCAAUCAAUCACUCCGCAAACAAAUUCUACAGCUUUUCCCAACCAGAACACAAGAAUUAAAAGGAGAAUCGAAGCCCCUGAAACUACAAGAGGAGCGGGAGCGGGAGCUACAAUCAACGUCUGAAGAGCUUAGUUCAAGGUUGGGGAGCUAUGGCGGGGAGGGAUUUCCUGGUGUUUCUGGCCCUAACUGUUGUGUCAUCAUCACUGGUUCUGCCGAAAGCCAGUGGGAAUUCAGAGGGCGACGCGCUCUACGCGCUCCGCCGGAGCUUCUCCGACCCGGAUAACGUGCUGCAAAGCUGGGAUCCGAACCUUGUGAACCCGUGUACCUGGUUUCAUGUAACCUGCAACCAGGACAACCACGUCACUCGCGUGGACCUUGGAAACUCAAAUUUGUCUGGUCAUCUAGUUCCCGAGCUUGGGAAACUGGAACAUCUCCAGUAUCUGGAGCUCUAUAAAAAUAACAUUCAAGGCGAAAUUCCUGCAGAGCUUGGUAACCUGAAGAACUUAAUUAGUUUGGAUCUGUACAACAACAAUAUCUCAGGAAGAAUACCUCCAUCACUGGGAAAUUUGAAAUCUCUUGUCUUUUUACGUCUUAAUGAUAAUCAGCUAAAUGGACCAAUCCCAAGGGCACUUGCUAGUAUAUCUAGCUUGAAAGUUGUAGAUGUCUCAAAUAACAAUUUGUGUGGUACAAUACCUUCUACUGGUCCAUUUGAGCACAUCCCCUUAAACAACUUUGAGAACAAUCCUCGACUGGAGGGUCCAGAGCUGCAGGGACUUGCAAUUUAUGAUACAAACUGCUGGUAAAGAAGUGGGUGGUUGAUAUAGAAAUCUUCUUGUUCCAAAUGGUGCUCUUCCUUAAAAUGUACUGAGUUGGUAUGUUCCAUAAGAUUCCUAGAGUUGUAAACUUAUUAUAGUUAUCUGUAAAAUUACUGCUGGUAAUUGGAACUAUGUUUUAUGUUAUCUUUGAGCAUCUUGGUAUAUCCCCUCCUAAACCGGUCAAGAAAUUUCGUGGACUUGAGAACCUUCACUGCCAAGUUCAUGUAAAGGUGAUGCACGGGUCCAACGUGAAUUUAAAGCGUACAGUAGAAUCUUGCCAGUUUCACACUCGUGGAAUCCUGAAUGUAUUUAUGUUCAAGUUUUCAGACAUAUCUUCUUUCCACUAUA